AUGUCAUCCACGGCCACGACGACGGCGAUCCAACUCGAGCGGAUCCCAACAGGGGGCAGCGCCAGGUCGCCAUACGAGAUCCCGACGGCGCUGCCCGAGACCCCGCAGCAUGGGUCGCCAUCGCCGUCCCCACCGCCCUCGUUUGAGCCCGACCGCGAGCUCGUGGCACUCGCACCGCCCGACAAGGGCUCGCAGGCGUGGCUCUUUCUCUUUGGCGCGACUGUUCUUGAGACGACGGUGUGGGGUCUGCUCAAUGCCGUUGGUAUCUUGCAAAACUAUUGGACAACAGAAAUGUUCCCGGACCAUGAAUCGACAGUCACCCUCGCAGCAGCCCUGAUGAACGGUUUGUCAUUCAUGAGCUCUCUUGCGGCGUUCCCCCACCAGACCAAGAUGAUCCAAGUCAUGGGCCUGGUCGUCUCCAGUAUCGGCCUCGUGUCGUCUGCGUUCGUCACUAGUCCAACCCAGCUAAUUGGCACCCUUGGUAUCCUCUACCCGUGCUCUGCGGCACUCUACCUGCCCGCCGCGACACUCAUCUACGAGUGGUUUCACGUGCACCGUGGCCUCGCCUCCGGCAUCAUGUUUGCCGGCACUGGCGUCGGCGGCACCGUGUUCCCCUUCAUCCUCGACGGCCUCCUGCGCCGUUUCGGGUACAAGGCCACCAUGGUAUCACUCGGUCUGGGAUUCUUUGCCCUCAACGCUGCGUCACUGGUGUUUAUCCGCCGCCGUAUCCCGCUGUCGCGCGAAGUCGGCCCCCGCCGCAGCCUCAACUGGCACAUUUUCACGACCUGGGCGUUCUGGUGCGGCUUUGUCGUGCUCCUCCUCACCUCGCUGGGAAACUUCAACCCCACGCUGUGGAUUCCCACGUUCGCCGACAACAUUGGCGCCACCAAGCCCGGCGGUGUGGCCCUCGUCUCCAUCAUGAACGCCGCGUCCGUCCCCGGUAACGCCCUCAUCGGCUACCUGUCCGACCGCGUUGCCACAAAGUUCAUGAUCAUCGGAACCUGUACGAUCGGCGCCGUCUCCGUUCUCGUCGCGUGGGGCUUGGGCACGACCACGGCCCCGCUCAUCGUCUUUGCCAUUGUCUGGGGCAUGACGUCCCUCAGCUUUGUAUCGCUCUGGAGCAGGCUCAUCACGCGCAUCUGUAAAGACGACCCGACACUCCCCAUGCUCAUCUUUUCCGUCUUUGCCAUGCUCCGUGGUGUGGGCAACAUUACGUCUGGUCCCGUCAGCACCAAGCUGCUCCAGACGAGUGUGUUCAGGGGCGCCGCUGGCGCGUAUGGCACGACCAACUUUGGCGCCGUCCUCAUCUACACCGCGGCCACGACCUUCCUCGGCGGUGUGGUGGGCGCCUUCUUCCCUGCGUGA